AUGUAUCUGCCAGUUCUCUGUAUUCUUGUUUUUCCAGUAUUCUUUACGGUUUAUGGUCAAGAUGACCUUCCAAAUUUAGUGGCUGUGGUGUGGACAAAUGGUGAGAGAAAUCCCACGUAUGUUUGCAAAAAUGAUAAAAACGUCGAAUCUACUUGGAUUCAAGGAUAUGGAGCAUUAACCAAGAAAGGAAUGAGUCAACACGCUGCAAUAGGUGAUACCAUUUAUAAAAGUUAUUUGCCCAAAAAUGCCAAAUAUCAUAGCAAUUCGGUCUAUUUCCGUUCCUCAGACGACUCAGCAGCGAUUGCCAGUGCUUAUGCUAACCUAAUUGGCAUCUAUUAUAGAAGAUCUCAUCAGUCAGGUAAAGAUUACCCAUCUGUGACAGGCUGGCCACAAGAUUUUGUACCAGUUCCAGUACACGGAGCCGAACCAACUACUGACUAUGAACUUAAUGGUGGCUCAAAUUGUAAACUUUAUCAAAGUGUUGUGGACAAAAUUGUACAAUCUGAUGAAUACGCUAAUUUUACCGUAAAAAACAACGCGACGAUAACGGACAUAUCAGAUGUUUGCGGUGAUGAAAUUACGCCGUUUGAUUUAUGGAAAUUAGAAGAAGCAUCAAAUGCAGAAAACAGUAUGAAUCGAACAAAUUUGUUUACACCUGAACAGCAGAAGAUGAUACAUGAUAUGUACGUUGAUUUUGAAGCUAUUAAAUAUAAAGUUGAUCAGUGGAAAUUGGAGAUGGCCAGUGCAAGAGGUGGUAAUCUGUUAUGGCAUAUUGUACAAAAUAUGAUUACAAAGAGCAACUGCACAAAAGAUAACUGGCCACUUGGUCAUAUCUGCCACUGGAUGAACCCACUAAGACUUUAUGCGUAUUCGACGGAUAUGGUUAUGGCUCGAUCAUUGGUAGCAAAUUUUGAUGACAAAACAAUCUAUAAUACAACCUUUAGCAGCAGUAAUCCAUUCGUUUUGGCAUUUGCACUGUUUAACAACAGCGGACGUUGGGAAUUUGAAGUUGUUCGGGAAGCCGCUGCAGACUAG